AAACAAGUAGUCAAUCAAUCAAUUUCUUUUUGUAAUUUCCAAUCAUACCCGUCUCUCUCUCUCUCUAACAAAACCCAAUCCUUCUCUAUCUCUCUCCUUCUGUCUCUUGAUGGAAGAUAAUUCUAACAAUUCAUCUUCCAUCACGAACCAAUCCCCAUCCCUAACUUAACAAACCUUAAUUUACCGCCCAAAUUCACAAUUCACGAUGUUUUCGUGGAAUUUUGCGAAAUCGGCGGAGGCGGUACUGUCGCGGUGGGCGAUGAAAAGGCUGUGCAAGUUUGUAUUGAAGAAGAAAUUAGGGAAGUUUAUAUUAGGAGAUAUUGAUCUUGACCAGCUCGAUGUUCAACUCGCUGAAGGCACUAUUCAACUCAGUGAUCUUGCUCUCAAUGUCGAUUGUCUUAAUGAAAAGUUUGGGGCAGCGGCAUCAGUGAUGAUAAAAGAAGGGUCAAUUGGCUCAUUGUCGGUCAAAAUGCCAUGGAAGGGUAAAGGUUUUCAGGUUGAGGUGGAUGAGCUUGAGCUUGUACUUGCACCCUGUUUGAAGAAAAGGAAUUCACCAGCUGACGACGAGACUAGUAGUUCUAGUCAAGAGAGUAGACAUGGGCACAAGGAGGUGGGGAGGUUUGGGAAUGAUUUGAUGGAAACUGCUCAAAAAUCUAGUUUUGUUGACGUUCAUGAAGGCGUCAAGACAAUCGCAAAAGUGGUGAAGUGGUUUUUGACUAGUUUCCAUGUAAAGGUUAAGAAGUUGAUUGUUGCAUAUGAGCCAUAUUUCGAGAAGGAUGAAAAGAAGGUUGGGUGUCAAGAAACUUUGGUCCUCAGAGUACCUGAAAUAGAAUGUGGAACCUGUGUUUCUGAAGAAGCUAACUUAAGUUCUGAUGAAAGAGUUGAGAACUUUCUAGGCAUUAGUCAGUUAAUGAAUUUUAUUAAGUUUCAAGGAGCAGUGCUUGAACUUCUCAAAACAGAUGGUGUUGACAAUCAAAGUUGCAGUCCAUGUGUGUCAGAUUCAAGUUUCAGUGAGCAAUAUUCAGGGCACUGCCGAUCAAAACCUACAACUACUAUUGUGACUGGGAAAAAAGGUGGAUUUUCAGGGAAUUUAAAGCUAAGUAUUCCUUGGAAGAAUGGUUCAUUAGACAUUCACAAAUUAGAUGCAGAGGUUUGUGUGGAUCCUGUAGAAUUAAGACUUCAACCAAGCACAAUCAAGUGGUUCCUACUUUCAUGGGAAACUUAUAAGAAUAUUGAUCAAGAUGGCAGGGGGGAUGCACAUUAUAAAUCAACCGAACCAGUCUACUUUAAUUCUUCUUCUCAUUUCCAUUCUUCGUUAUCUAUCCCUGGUGUGGUUGCUAAUGAUAAAGUGAGCCCUGUUCGUGGUAGCCUUACAUCUGCCUUUUCUUCUUUCACCGGGAAAGAAUCAGUUAGUGAAGCAAUGCUACCUGGCUCACAUCUUAUAUCUGACUGGGUGCCAAAUUCUAUUCAAAACGAGAAAGAUGGUAUCCAAGAAGAAUUAGACCUUGGAGCAAGUGUGGACCAAUUUUUCGAAUGUUUAGAUGGAAUGAGAAGUUCACAAUCAGCUCUGGGAAGCAGCGGGAUGUGGAACUGGACAUGUUCUGUUUUCAGUGCAUUAACUGCAGCAUCCAGCCUUGCUUCUGGAUCUUUUCAAAUCCCUUCUGAAGACCAGCAUGUUCAAACCACCCUUAAAGCGACUUUGGCUGGAGUUUCUGUCUUGCUAUCCUUUCAGGAUGAAGAUCAGGAAUAUCUGUAUGGUCAAAAGAGUGAACAGAAUACUGUUGGACUGGAGAUUCGUUGUCUUAGUGCAGAAUGCAAAGAUAUUUUUGUUGUUUUGCAGGUUUGUCCUCAAGAAAUGAGGUUUGAAGGAACAGUGAAGUGUAUUGAGGUUAUUGAUUACUUGUACGAUAAAAAUGAUGCCAUGAAUAGUCACUCGACGGAGUUUAGUAGUGAUAGCAACAGUCAAACUGUUUUGAUCCAGAAUCUGCAAUCUGAAGUCCAAGGUGUUCUCCCUCCAUUUCCUCAUUCAGAUGAAUUAAGUACAUUAAUUGCACCAGGAGUUCCAUUUGGAAAUGCGACCAAGAUGAAACUGCUUGGUACCUCAGGUGUCACUCGGUGCCAAUUUACUGUAUAUUCUGAUUCGUCAGAUGGAAAUUUUACUGGAACAAAGUCAUUUUCAUUGCAACUGCCGUUGUUAAUAUUCUGGGUGAACUUUGCUUCAGUAAACGUGAUACUGAAUCUUCUGAAGGAUGCUGAAAAAUCUGUUGAAAGGAGUAUCCAGAGGAAUGGAUUUCCACCUGUCAAUAAGAAGCAUGAAUCAUCUCAUGGAAAUAUGAAAAAAGGUUCAAGUUCUAGGGUUUCAACAUUGACCUCUACAGAAAAUUUGCAAGGUAGUAUAUCAGUCCUUAAGGCGAGGGUAAUACUAUGUUUCCCAUUUGUAAGUGGUGGAGAUAUUGGAGGCCACUCUCCCUGGAAUCAAUUUAUUGCUGUUGAUAUUUCUUCACCGUUGAUCUUGGAAAGCCCAACAUCGAAUUCCAGUUCGUGGAAAAGGCAUGCACCAAGGACCAUAUGUUCUUUGCAUUUGAAUGUUAGUAAUCUCAAGGUUUACUUGGUCAAUCCAGCAUGUAAUGAUGAUGGAACUACCUUGUCUACUUUGAUGCCAAGGUAUAGAUUUUGUGCACAGAAGAUUGUGUCUGUGAGUAAUAGAGCUGAUUGCCUAUGUACAAUUAGUAUGCUUUGGCAGGAAGACCCCGUGACUGGUCCUUGGAUAGCUGAGAAAGCCAAGUCUCUGGCAACUUCAGAGGAAUCCAGGAGCAGGAAAAAAAUCAAGGUGAAAGGAUAUGAAUUUGCUAGUGCAACUGCUGCAAAGGAUCUAGGAGACAUAAAUUUGCAAACCAGAGAAGAGUUAAUUUUGAGCUCUGCAUUCUUCUUGCAUGUUCAUCUGCUUCCUGUUGUGGUGGAUCUUAGCAGUUCUCAGUAUAGAAAUUUGCAUUGCCUUCUAGAUCAGAUGAUUAAUGGAUUAUCAGGCAUGGCCUGCGAUGUAGAUGGUGUUAGGGAAUUGUCUCCAGCCAGUCAAACAUCAAUUCUUGUGAAGUGUGAAUCAGUAGAUUUUUCAAUUAGACCAGAUAUAAAGGAUGACAUAAAAAGUUCAUUGCAGAGUGAACUUCCUGGAUCAUGGCAUUGUUUAAAACUGAAAAUUCAAAAAUUUGAUAUUCUGUCCGUCUCAAAUAUUGGAGGUAUCAGGGGUGCCAAUUUCUUUUGGCUAGCCCAUGGAGAAGGUAAAUUAUGGGGUUCCAUCACCGGAGUUCCAGAUCAAGAGUUUCUUCUGAUUUCUUGUAGCAACUCCACUAUGAAACGUGGAGAUGGAGGAGGUUCCAAUGCAUUAUCUUCUAGCUUGGCUGGUUCUGAAAUUAUACACAUAUGGGAUCCAAAGAGCUCACAUGAUUUUACAUCUGUUAGUGUCAGAUGUGCCACAGUUAUUGCUGUUGGUGGUCGCUUGGAUUGGCUGGAUGCAAUAUCCUCCUUCUUCAUUUUGCCCUCUCCUAAAGUGGAGAAGGCAAACAAUGAAAAUCUGGCAAAGGGGGAUUUGAAUGCCCCUUCUGAAACUUCUUUCAUUCUAAAGUUGGUUGAUAUUGGAAUAAGUUAUGAGCCUUACUUGAAGAAGUCAGUGGUUAGGGAUCUUCAUUCCGAGUCUGGCUCCUCAUAUUCCAUAGAAGAAACAGGUGAGCCGCACAUUGCUUGUCUAUUAGCUGCAUCUUUGUUUUCUCUUUCCAAUACAACAACGGAAGAUUCUAUUGAUAGUGAUUACAAAAUUAGAGUGCAAGAUGUAGGGCUUCUUCUUGGUGCAGCACAUGAGAAUAUUGGUGGCACUCAUAGUGUGGAAUAUCUUCAUAAGAUGGGUUAUGUGAGAGUUGCCCAUGAGGCCCUGGUUGAAGCAAUUUUGAGAACUGACUGUAAGAAUGGCCUUCUCUGGGAGGUAGAAUGCACAAAAUCCCAUAUUUAUGUGGAAACUUGCCAUGACACUACUCGCGGUCUCAUGUGCCUGGCUGCUCAAUUCCAACAGCUCUAUGCCCCUGACUUGGAGGAAUCAGUUGUGCACUUGCAGAAUAGGUGGAAUGGUGUUUGUCAGGCCCAAGAGAGAAACGAGUUCAAUGAUGAAGGUCGGAUUUUCAAUCAUGAUUGUGCGCCUUCGACUUCCCAAGUUCAUGCCCCUACUGCAGAUACAAAGAGUAACCUUGGGGUGGUUGGCUUAAUGGAUGAGAUAUGUGAAGAUGCAUUUCACUUGCAUGAGAUUCGGGCAUGCCGGUUUGAUUCCAGUGGAUCAGAAAUUCGUGUUUCACUUGAUGAAAGUCUCCUCGGAGAAGCUUGCAGCCUAAGUGUUGAAACUCCUGACUUCUUCUCGAAUGAUCUCUCUUAUGAUUGGCCAGUGCCUUUAAUAGGCCUGGAAAGUAAUCAAACCACAUUUCUACAGAGUGGUUCUUUCCCAGAAUUUAUAGAAGGCUAUUGUGUGUCUGAUUUACGCCCUUUGUCAGAAUUAUCCAUGGGCAGGCAGUCACCACCUGAAAAACUUAAAUGCGUAUCCAAGAAUUUUGGCAAUACAGAUCAUGGAAGAGGAAAUGGUGGAUGGUAUGGGGAUGCCCCUUUGAGCAUUGUUGAAAAUCACAUUUCUGGAGCAAGUAGUGAAGCUAGUGUGAAUCAGGUUUUGGAAGACCAGCUUCCAACUUUGCAUUCUGCAAGAUCUGAUGAUUUUGGGAAGGCUACAGGACGUGUACUUUUUAAGAACAUUGAUGUGAGCUGGAGAAUGUAUGCUGGUUCUGACUGGCAGGCAUAUAAAAAGAAUAGUGAUCCAUGUAGUCAUACUUGUGGAAGGGAUACAACUGUUUGUCUGGAGCUUGCAUUGUCUGGAAUGCAAUUUCAAUACAAUGUCUUCCCAGUUGGUGGAGUAUGUGCAUCUAAGCUUUGUCUCACAGUUCAAGAUUUUCAUCUUUCUGAUAAGAGUAAAACUGCACCGUGGAAACAGAUACUUGGAUAUUAUCAUUCAAAAGAUCAUCCUAGGGAAUCCACUUCAAAAGCAUUCAAGCUGGACUUGGAAGCUGUCAGACCAGAUCCUCUAAUCCCUCUUGAGGAAUACCGGUUACGCAUAACUCUCCUUCCUUUGCUAUUGCAUCUUCAUCAAAGCCAACUCGAUUUUCUCAUUAGCUUUUUUGGGCCCAAAAGCUUUUCAGCAGGCCAGUCUUCGGAUCAAGAUCAAAACUCAGAUGGUGUAAAGACUUCUGCAACAAAUAGCUGUAAUCUUGCAGGACAUACAAUUGCAAAUGAAGCAUUGCUUCCCUUUUUUCAGAAGUUUGAAAUAUGGCCCAUUAUUCUUCGAGUUGACUACAGUCCCCAUCAUGUUGAUCUAGCAGCAUUGAGCAGUGGGAAGUAUGUGGAACUUGUGAACCUUGUCCCCUGGAAGGGGGUUGAACUACAGCUAAAACAUGUUCAUGCCGUUGGUGUCUAUGGCUGGGGCAGUGUAUGUGAAACAAUUAUAGGGGAGUGGUUGGUGGAGAUCUCUCGAAAUCAGAUGCAUAAAAUCUUGCAAGGCCUUCCUACCAUCCGGUCCCUGGUUGCUGUUGGUUCUGGUGCUGCAAAGCUUGUUUCCUUGCCUGUUGAGAGCUACAGGAAGGAUCAUAAAAUAAUCAAGGGAAUGCAAAGAGGUACAAGUGCAUUUCUAAAAAGUAUAUCGCUUGAAGCUGUUGGAUUUGGGGUGCAUUUGGCAGCUGGGGCUCAUGAUAUUUUGCUCCAAGCAGAGUAUAUUCUUACAAAUAUACCUUCUCCUCCUGUGUCAUGGUCUGUACAAGCCAAAACUAAAGAAAAUGUAAGAUGCAAUCAGCCAAAAGAUGCCCAGCAAGGAAUUCAACAUGCAUAUGAGAGUCUCAGUGAUGGCCUGGGAAAGUCCGCUUCUGCUUUAGUGCAGACUCCAUUGAAAAAAUAUCAGCAUGGAGCCAGCACAGUAACUGCCCUGGCAACUGCUGUACGGGCUGUUCCUGCUGCUGCUAUAGCUCCUGUUUCUGCUUGUGCAGGUGCAAUGCAUUAUGCUCUUCUUGGCCUUAGAAAUAGCCUUGACCCUGAACACAAAAAAGAGUCCAUGGAGAAGUAUCUGGGUUCUUCAAAGCCAAAUGACUGGGAUUGUUGAAAUGCCUGAAGAGACCAUUGCAUGACUACAGGAUAGAAGGAUUCUUGCUGCCCUCUUUACAAGAGAAGGUCACUGGAGAUCUUGUUUGUCAUCAUCAUAGCCAACAUGUAUAAAGGUCUCUAGCAGUGCAUAAAAUCAAAAGACAAGCAUUUAGGUUUUUAAACGUUCUCCUUGUUGCAAUGAAAAAAGAAAGACAGUCAUCCUGUGCGCAGUUGACAAGACCAUCAAACAGAUUCUUUUCCGUCCGGAUGGCUUGGUAACAUCGUACAUUUUGUAAGUAGUCACUGAUGCUUUUAAGAUUUUAGCCAUACAGAUUGAGAAUUGUAACUAUAGCCAUCCAUCCAAAUUGGUUAGCGGGUGAUAGAGAAAAUUAUCCAUAUUCUUUGAUCUCCAUGACCACAAGGUAUGUUGUUUCUAUUUCUUGUACAUAAUUCUAGUGUUUUUCUGGGGAAAAUACUGUACAUAAUCCAUUUAAUGCUUAAAGAAUUGCAAGGUUUGAUCA